AGACUUUCACUGUAAUAUUUGUCCAUAUAUAACCCUCUCACAAUCCACAAAAACUAUGAUAUAUCAAUCACCCUCCUAGCCUCUCUCUGCAUCACUUUAUCUUCUUCCCUCUUCUUUCUUACAAGUCUGUGUUAUAAAGGUGGAGUCUUGAAGAUUUGCAGUAUAAACUAAGCCUUGAGCAUCAAAAAGGAGCUAGAAGUGGAGCAAAAAAGAGAGAGCUGUGUAGCUUUGUACAUGGGGGAGAUGAAUUCCCUUCUCUCAAUCUCCUUCGUGGUUCGAUUCUGUGCCAAAGAACCAUGGAGAAGCCCAAAUCCAAGCCAUUUUGCAUAAGCUCAACAAAAAAAGAAAAGGUACGAAGUUUUUAGACUACUUGCUCAAAAUUUUCUUCUUCAUCAUACCACUCAUCAAUGGUAAGCACUGUUCUUCAUCACCACCGUCCACACCGCCUCCUCCUCGACCCAGGCCAGCCUGCCAAUGAGAGCAGAACACAUAAUGGACCAUACUCGAACGAAGCGAAUUUCGACACCAACAUGGUGAUCAUCCUAGCAGCUCUUCUCUGUGCCCUGAUAUGUGCAUUAGGUCUAAACUCAAUAGUGAGGUGUGCCCUCAGAUGCAGCAGGAGGUUUUCUUUUGAGACCCCAGAUGAGGCAGCAGCAAGGUUAGCAGCCACAGGGCUUAAGAAGAGCACAUUGAGGCAGAUACCCAUUGUGUCAUAUGGGACUGGGGUGCUUAACAUUCCUAGUGCCACUGACUGCCCAAUUUGCCUUGGGGAAUUUUCAGAUGGGCAGAAAGUUAGGGUUUUGCCAAAGUGUAACCAUGGGUUCCAUGUGAGGUGCAUAGACACAUGGUUCUUGUCACAUUCUUCUUGCCCAACUUGCAGGCAGUCAUUGCUGGAACCACAACCACAAGGUUCAGAUUCUUCAGAAGCACAGAAUGAUGCGGUGGUUGCUGUUGCUGGUGAUGAAGCUAAUUGAUCAGUGUUUGGACUUUGGACAUUAGGCAAAAUAGAAUUGUGAAUAUCUUUUGUUUUGGUUAAAUGUAGCUAGCUAGUUGUUUUUAGUUGAUUAUAUUAGUUAUGGUAAGAGAUCUAUCUGAGGUGCUAUAAGCAAAUGCCUAAUGAGGUUUUUGAGGUUGAUAAAUG